AUGGAUUCUAUUGACAUAACAUUUAGGAUUAUUUUCAUCUCUCAGACUGCAGUUGGGGUCCUGGGAAAUUCCAUCCUCCUGGGCCUUAACAUCUUCAAUUUUCUUACUGGACACAAGCUGAAGCCCAUAAAUUUGCUUCUUACUCACCUGGUCUUUGUCAACAACGUGGUGCUCCUCUCCAAGGGGAUCCCUCUGAUAAUAGCUACUUUUGAAGUCAACAAUUUCCUGGAUGACAAUGGAUGUAAACUUGCUAUUUAUUUUCACCGAGUGGCCCAGGGCCUUUGUCUCUGCACCACCUCCCUCCUGAGUAGCUUCCAGGCCAUUAUCAUCAAAUCUAGAAGCUCCAAGUUGGCAGACUUCAAAGCCACAGUCCCAAAGUUCAUUAUCUUCUCCUGUUUUCUCUUUUGGGUACUCAAUCUAUUAAUAAAUGGCCCCACCUUUGUUUAUAUUAGAGGUCCAAGGAAGUCUAGAAAUACCACCAAGAGACAGGAACUUAUUUAUUGUUCUUUAUCUUAUGCCUCAGGUCAUAUACCACCAUCUGCAAUCAUGAACUCUUUUCUUGACCUUGUGUGUAUAGGAAUUAUGGGUUGGAGCAGUAUAUUCAUGGUGCUUAUCCUGUACAGACACUACCAGCAAAUCCAGUACAUUUGUAGCAACAAUUGCACACCUGGAAGUGUCCCUGAGACAAGAGCUACUCAAGCUAUUCUUCUGUUGGUCAGCAUUUUUGUCUCCUUUUAUGUACUCAAUUCUAUCAUGGCAUGCUUUAUGUCCUUUUCCAAGCCAACUAUCUGGAUUGUGUAUACCUCUGCCUUCCUGGCUUCUUGUUUCCCAACUUGUAGUCCCUUUGUGCUGAUCUUGAGUGAUUCCCAAGUUCUCAAGUACUGUGUGGCUUUCUGGCAGAGAAUAAAGCUCCUGUCUUAA